GCUGCUGCCGCCACCUCCCUCCUCCACGCCCUAUAGGGCUUAGAAGGUGCACACGCUCAUCCUGUGAGGAAGGCUGGUUAAUAAGCACCUUCAGGAUCUGACGCUUCCCCAUCCACGCCCUCUUGCUAGCUUCCUCCAGCAGGCUGGUUCACACACACACAGCAAGAAGGCACCUGAAUUGGGAGGCUGUGGAGUUGGGGACCUGGGCUCGGAGCUGCCUCCUUUGGCUGGUUGGACGCGGAGCUGCCUCUCCAGUGGCGUGAGCCAAACGACACUUCACUGCAAGGAGGAUAAGCAAUUAAAAGACCAACUUCGCCUUUCUUCGAGACUGUUGAAAGAUGGUGAAAGAAACUGGCUACUAUGACCUGCUGGGAGUCAAGCCAUGUGCCACGUUGGACGAGAUCAAGCGGGCGUACCGGCGCCUGGCACUGCGGUACCAUCCAGACAAGAACCCCAGCGAGGGGGACCGGUUUAAGCAGAUUUCUCAGGCCUACGAAGUGCUGUCAGAUCCCCACAAGAGGUCGCUGUACGAUCGUGGUGGGGAGCGGGCCAUGAAGGAAGGGGGCAUGGGGGGCAGAGGUGGUUUUGGACCCCCCAUGGACAUCUUCAACCUGUUCUUUGGAGGCAGGGCCCACACUCAUGGACCCCGGAUGGAGAGGAGAGGAAAGACAGCCGUCCAUCAGUUGCCUGUGACCUUGGAGGACUUGUACAACGGUGCCACUCGGAAACUCUCCCUGCAGAAGUGUGUCAUCUGCAAAAGUUGUGGUGGCCGUGGAAGCAGGGAUGGCCUGGACACAAGGUGUCCCAAGUGCCACGGCUCUGGCGUGGAGGUCAUUGUCCACCAGCUGGGGCCAAACAUGGUUCACCACAUCCAGACGAUGUGCUCGCAGUGCAAGGGCCAAGGGGAGUGGAUGAGAGCCCUGGAUCGUUGCCUCGCCUGCAACGGCAGGAAGGUCAUCCGGGAAAAGAAGAUCCUCAACGUUCAUGUGGACAAAGGGAUGGCCGACCGUCAGAAGAUCACCUUCCACCAGGAAGGAGACCAGAUGCCUGGGUUUGAGCCUGGAGAUGUCGUCAUUGUCCUCGACCAACAGAUGCACCCCGUCUUCCAGCGCCAAGGCAAUGACCUCAUCGUCAAGAGGGAAGUGGCCCUGGUGGACGCCUUGUGUGGCUGCAAGCUGGUCAUCCACACCCUGGACAACAGGAAGCUGCUUGUCUCCUCGCGGCCAGGGACAAUCAUCAAGCCUGGGGAUGUGAAGUGCAUUCCCAACGAAGGGAUGCCCGUCUACCGGAGCCCGAGCCAGAAGGGGAAGCUGGUCAUUCAGUUCCAGGUGAAGUUCCCAGAGCCCGGCUGGCUUCCCGCCCACCAGCGCUGCCAGUUCCAGUCUUUCUUCCCGCCCCGCGAAGAGGUCAUGGCCACCGAAGACAUGGAGGAGAUGGAGCUGCGGGAGUUUUUCUCCCAGCCGGAUUUCCAGGACAGAGUCUUCCACCGCGAGUGCCACCACGAGGAUGACUUUGAGGACCCUCUGCGGCACAACGUCCAGUGCCAGACGUCCUAGCACCAGAGACUGAGCCCACGUGUGACCUUGUGGGGGGUGAGGAGGAGGAGCAGGGGGCAGGGGAGGCAGGAAAGAGGUUAGGAAGCAGCAUGACUGUGUGCCCCCCCUGGUCACGGACAGAGCGGUAGAGCACUCGAGCCGCCCGCUCUUCCUCUUACUAGGCUGAAGGACCCUUGGUCCCCUGCAGGGGGGGGAGGGGAGGGCCUUUGGGUCCGGCCUGUCAAAGGGUGCGGGUCACUUCCUGUGCUCCAGGGCCGCCACAGAGCUUCCUGCCCAUUCCUCUCCUCCUCCUGUUCCCAGGAACAUCCCAGGGAUGAACACUUUUUACAAAAGUUGGCUAUGCUCUUGGUGGGAGCCAGGAGCCCCCAAGCACUCCCAGUUCUGCAGAGCCCUCUCUCUGGGAAGUGGGCUACGUAGAGAGAGAGGGGCCCUCUUGCAGCCCAGGGAGCCAAAAAGUGGGGGGGGCAGAGCAGCCUUGGUGGGCCUGCCUUCCUAGGACUCGGCACUAGAAAUAAACCUCCCAAGUCCUGCUGCCAGAAACGGCUCUACAUUUUUUCAGGCCGGGCUGGCUGGGAGGCAGGCACCCGUCUGUCUUACAGGUCUGUCUGCUUUGGAGGGCAGGUGGCUAGGUUCCUUCCGAAAUUCAGAAUUCAUGGGAAAGGGUUCUGCUGCAGGCCUGACUUUGUGCCGUCCGUGUUGGCUCUGCCUUCCUUUCGCUUCGCUUCCUGCACUUCCUUUGCAGGGUUUGUUUCCUUUGGUGCUGGGCCUUGGUGGGUAGAA